AUUUUUUUUUCUUUUAACAUGGAUCCGAACGAAGCGGUUGUCGUUGUUGCGUUGAGUGCUGGUGCUUCUGAUGCUGGUGUUCCAUCAACAGCGACAACAGAAGCAGCACUGGUCGACGACGGGAGCAGCAGCAGCAGCAGCAGCAACAGCAGCAGCAACAGCCACAAGAAGACGAAGGUGCCGCGGCUGGCCGUCAUUCGGAGCAGCAGCCCUCGAGGAGCUGCAGCAGCAUCCACCGCGCUGGCACACAGCCGGUCGCAGAGCCAGAACGACGUGGCAUUCGAUCGCGCGGUCGGCUCGGCGGUGGCGGCGGUGGCAGGAGACAACAGCGAAGACGACGACAGCCAGGAUCAUGAUCGCAGCAGCAGCAGCAGCAGCAGCAGCAGAGCGAACGGAGGCCGCCGGAAGAGCCAGGGCGAUGGUGGGUCGUCGUCCACAGACAAUGACGACGACGGCAGAGACGCCGACCACGACGAAGACGACGCCGACGCCGACGCCGACGCCGACCAGCAGCAGCAGCAGCAGCAGCAACAGCAGCAGCAGCGACACCGCGCGCGCGCAAUGCUGCACCAGUCAGUGCCCGAGCUGCGCGAGCCCACCGCAGCAGCAGCAGUAUCAUCACCAUCACCAUCACCAUCAUCAUCAUCAUCAUUAACAGUCGCCAGUCCUGCUGCUCCGGGAGGCUUGCUGCUGGCUGCGAACGGCGGGCGCAGACGAUCCGUCCAUGAGAAGCUCAGAGCGACCGUCAGCAACACGGCAAUCCACUCGUCUUCUUCUUCUUCUUCUGCUGCUGCUGCUGCUUCAUCGUCAUCGGCGCACGCGUCUCCAGUGGCAACGUCGGGUGCGCUGGCAGCAACAAGCCCGUCCGUGUUUGCGAGGCGGCGGCGUCGCUCGCAGACCAACAGCAACUCGAGCGGCGGCGGCUCGGACGCGCUGCCGACUCUGAGCCACUUGCUCUCAGACAUUAAGCAGCGCGGGGGUCUUGUCACCGACGCUCAGACCUCCCACGCGGCCGACCUCGACAUCUCGUCCCUCCAAGCAAGACUGCUCGAAGCCACUACCGCGUGCGAGGCAGAGCGCAUUGCUCGCAAGCAGGCAGAGACGCGAAACCAGCCGUUGCUCCAGCAGAACAAGGAGCUUCGCUCGCAGAUUGACCGCCUGCAACGCGAGAGCCUUGAGCUCAAGAUGGCCGUGCUGCACUACCAACAGAAACUUGCACGGAGCGACAGUCGCAUCCAAGAGCUCGAGUCUCGCGAGGAGGCAGCCGCGGCCAAUCGAGUGUUGCCGUCCACAGGGGACGCUGGGCUGGGCGUUGUCGACGCAGUCCCAGAAACCACACCCGCGUCAUCCACCGACACUUACAGUGCCGCCGACCCAAUUCCCACCACUGCACCAGAUGAACAAGAGGAGAGUCGUCCUCUCGGCGGAUUCUCGCGGAGUGUGGCUUCUAUUGCCCCUGGCGCACGUAACAGAGACGCCUCCCCGCGACGUGCUCACGGCGGUGGUGCUGCCAGUGGUGCAGCAGCUGGAGCUGGUGUUACAAGCGCCAAAUCUGAGCGCGCGCCGUUGGUCGUCGCAGAUGGCUCCGUUUCUGAGGUGAUUGUCCCCGUCGUCGCACCCGAGCCGUCAUUGAGCAGUCACAAGGCCGCCGUGUCAGAGAGUGAACCGGCAUCCCUGUCUUCCAGCCCAACAAUCGCUGUGACCCCACCUCCGACAGACACUACCGCAGCGACCACGGUAUCCACACCAAACCCGAACGCCUUGCUCAUCCAUGCUGGACAGGAUGUGGCAUUGGGCUACGAUUCCGAUUCAUCGCUUGCGUCUCCGAGCCCAAGCUUUGACUCGUCCGCCUCGUGGUCCAAGUCGACGUCCGCCUCGUCCAUGGCCAGUGUUGCCAAGGCUCGGCCCUAUUCCACCGCAAUUCCUCCACCCGAUCCGUCGCUGCUCGGGCGCAUUGGUCACUGCAUUCCCCAUCGAUUCCAUACUUAUACCUGCAUCAGCCCAAACAAGCGAUGCCGUCAGUACUGCGGGUACGUCUGUCAUAAUGAUUGCGAAAGGUUGGCGCCACCUUCGUGCGGUAUUCCGAAAGAGCUUCUUUUGGGUCAUUCCUCGCCGUUCGGUCUGAGCGACAGCGACACGCCUGGGUCACCAACAACACGAAGCGCGUCAAAUUCUUUGAAUCGCGGAUCGCUGGCGGUCGACGCUGGCUCUGUCUCGUCGUCCACCUCGACGCAGCCUGCAAGUACCACCACUUCCGUCACACGAAAGACGUUUGGCGCCAAUAUUCCUGGCGUUGUCAACCACACGACGGAAGCGCUCAAAGACAAUCCUAACGCCCCCAAAUUUGGUCCUGCACAUGCCAAAGAUCAUAAGGACAAGGAGCCGUCCUCUGGAUUUUUGCCGCUCAUGUUCCUGCGAGCCACCUCUGCUCGUUUGCCCCGGCGCAAAGACCAACCGGUCAUGUACAACAGCCUUGGCAAUCGCUCUCCGCUCUCUCAAGAGCAACCGGUCACGACGGCCGAUGUGUCGAGGCUGCUCGCUUCCAAAAUGGUCUUUGGCGGGACGGUCACCGGGUUGUGCAUGGCCGAGCAGCGCCCCGUUCCCUUCAUCAUUGAGGCUAGUGUGAACGCCAUCGAGAGCAAAGAUCUCGACGCCGAGGGUCUCUACCGUAUCUCGGGUGCAACUUCUGAAAUUGCUGCACUCAAGCUCAAAUUUUCCUACGGCCGUCCCAACCUCGACGAUGUUAACGUGCAUACCAUCACUGGUACACUGAAGGUGUUCUUCCGCGAGCUAUCAGAGCCGUUUAUUGCCCCCGAUUUGAUCCAGCGAUCGAUUGCUGUGGCUUCGGGCUAUCCCAAAGGAACACGACUUCCGGUUGAUGCGCUUGCAGAGAUCCUGAAGGACCUGCCUCGCGAAAUGUUCUGCUCGCUUCAAACGCUCAUGAUGCAUUUGCGGAGAGUGAGCGAACACGCGCAGUCGAACAAAAUGUCUGUCCGAAACCUCGCCACCGUCUUUGCCCCGACCCUUGUUCGCACGGGCACGGACAGUGCUUCGGAUUCACUCCAGUUUGUCAAGCAUGCCGGCCCUGGGCUUCAGUUGGUGGAGUCGCUCAUCUCAUUGUCGUCACAAGACUGGUUUGAGCUGGACGGCUUGUCUGUCGCCCGCCAGGUUUCGCUUUCUGGACUGGCGCUGAAGCGACUUUCUUCCACGGACGAGUCAUCUCAGUCUUCGAAAGAGAGCCCACGGCCCUCGUCUGAGGAAGUGACCCUCCGGCAAGAGUUGAAUUCGACUGGGGAAGUGCUACAGUUGCCGCAGAAUGCCGAGCCGCCGACACCCAAUGGCCGCCCCAAGUCUGCCAACGACCUCGACACGGCAACAGUCGUUCCCGAGGGUCUGGAGCAGACCCAACCGUUGAACAACUCUCAAGAGUUUAAAAACUUGAUGAAUGCGAGCGGGGUGGACAACGACGACCAAGCCAUGAUCCUGGCGGCGUCUGCAGUCUCACGCAACAACCGUCGCUCGCACUCUGUGCAACGCCAAUCCGCCUAUGAAGCAGCUCGCGCGCGCGGAUCCGUGGCAAGCGACUCCAUGUCGCCCCCAAUGUCGCCACUGCCCCCUGCCACCCCCACGUCGCCCAAUCGAGGCUAUCGACCAAGUGUAAUUCUCGAGUCUGAUGGAUUGGAGGACCAAGCAGGCUCCGACCUGCCCGAGCAAGAUGCGACUGGCGAGGAUCUGAGCGCUGCAUUUGUCCUUACGCCCGAGCACAUGCACAUGCUGGACAAUAUGCAGGAUAGUGAAGUGUAGCUGUGAAUUUUUUUUUUUUUUUUUGUCGUUCGAUUUCUGUCUUGUGUGUGUUGCGCCCAUUUUUUUUUUUUUUUUCGUUUCCCUCAUCCCUCCUUAUUUCUUGUUUUUUGUUUUUGUGAAAGUGUUUCGUUGAUGAUGUCUGCACUUUGUUGACUUCAGUUUGUGGCGCUUUGUGAUGUGUCCACCUUGUUCUCGCCUUUUGUGUCUUCUAUCGCGUGUGAUUUGUAGCAUUCAAUUUUG